GCACAAAUGACCGAGGGACCCAAAUGCAUCUUGACUUUCACUGCGCAUGACAAUUAGCGGCGUCUUCCGGUAGGAGUUCGAAAGACAGCAGAGAUGUCUGCUUCACUGGGGCUGCGUCUUCUCUACUGUUGCUCCAAGCCAGCCACAUUGGGAUGCACUACUUCCCGUCCCUUCAGUGUCAGCGUGCAGCGGAAUGGCUUUAAAUAUGUAAAUGCCACGGAGCAGCAGAAUGACCUCAAGUCCAUCACCGACCGUGCUGCAACAACUCUUCUAUGGACAGAACUCUUCAGAGGAUUGGGUAUGACCAUGAGUUACCUUUUCCGUGAACCAGCCACCAUCAACUAUCCCUUUGAGAAGGGCCCUCUCUCACCUCGCUUCCGUGGGGAGCAUGCCCUUCGUCGCUACCCUAGUGGGGAGGAGCGCUGCAUCGCUUGCAAGCUCUGUGAGGCAAUCUGCCCUGCUCAGGCCAUUACCAUUGAGGCAGAGACUCGCGCUGACGGCAGCAGGCGAACUACGCGCUACGACAUUGAUAUGACCAAGUGCAUUUACUGUGGCUUCUGCCAGGAAGCCUGCCCUGUAGAUGCCAUUGUUGAGGGUCCAAACUUCGAGUUUUCUACAGAGACACAUGAGGAGCUGCUGUACAACAAGGAAAAGCUGCUCAACAAUGGCGACAAAUGGGAGGCUGAGAUUGCUGCCAACAUCCAAGCAGAUUACCUUUACAGAUAGAUCAAUGGGUUGGCGCUGUCUGUAUAUGUUCGUGAAAAGAUCAUUUAUCCUACAGUACAUCAGAGAGACUUAUAUCACAAAUAUUUGUCACUUGGGAGCAAUAGUCUUACACCAUGUCUGUUUUACAACCUAAACAGUCUCUACCCAUGUCCAGCUACAUAAAUAACUUAUUGUAUUUGUUUUACAGCCAGUACUUUAAAGCAGCAUUUUGUUCGUGUUUUUGCUUAUGCCAGGAAAAUCACAAUAAAGUAGGUUUUCAAAAA